CGCCGCACCGUUUGCCCGUCACGAUUUUAGUCGAGUCGCGUCGAGUCGCGAAGGGAGUCUGUGGUGCGUUUGAGAACGGCUCAUCCUACACCCGUGUGUCGUCUUUGUAUAUCUCGAACAUACAUCACGCCGACGAGAGUGAUCCUGUUGCUGUUGUGUUGUUGUCGUUGUCGUCGUCGUCGUCGUCGUCGUUGUUGUUCGAAAGGACUCUCUUAUCAACUAUACUCGCUCGACGGUGUCACUGCUGUACCCGGUGAUCGCGUAAACGCGAGACAGAAAGAGAGAGACAGAGAGAGAGAGAAGGAGAAGGAGAGAGAGGGAGAGACAGAGCGAGAACGAUAAAGAACAGAGAAGAGGGGGGAGGGGAGAGAGCUCGAAAAGAGAACCGAAACGCGGGAACAAAAGAAUCGUCAUUUACGGCCGCUGGUUGAUGAGGAGGAGAAAGAGGAGGGGGAGGCAGGCAGGCUCAGUUUAAUCAUCCCGGUUUCAUCCUGCGCCCCCCUGCACCGUUGCACCAGACCAUCAACAGACGAAUAACAAACGUUAAACUUGGUGCGAACGAGUGUGACGUAGGAAAUGGUGGCGGUGGUGUCGAUGUCGUUGUCGUUGUCGUUGUCGUUUUUGUUGCGGUACUGAUGCCGAUUGACCGACCACCGCGCUCUUGAUAUCGCUACCAAUGGUCAUUGGUCCUCGGUGUUGUACCAGCGACUAUACGGUGCGACAGGCUCAUUGUGUUUGGGCUAAACCGUUGAGACUCACAUCCCCACCACUCGGGACUUUAGAGCAUCGAUUAUCCCGAAGAUACUUAAGAGAUAACGGAUUUGCCUGUUUCAUUCCAUGGCACAGCACGCUGUUAUGUUUUGGGUAUGAACGUACCGUCUAAACGGAAUGAAAAACACCCGAAGGGAAUCAUUCAGUCUGUUUGGACUCGACGAGUCUUAUGUUGUUAGUACUAUUCUGUCGGACGGUAAACAAUUGUCGGACACCAAUGAAAUUGACCCGAUAAUGCGGUAGAGAACAACUUCAAGUGAUGUACAAUAGGUGAAACUUGUACGAAGACGAAACACGUAAGUGGAACGUUUUGUCCGCGCGUAAUAAACGUAUUUGUGAUACGUACGUUGUAAUAUUGUGACAAUUGUGACCAAGGGGAUAGUGAGAGAAACUGUGAAAGAAGAAUAAGAAGAAGAAGACGAGAAAAUGACAGUAAUAUGUCGAUAGGUGAAUACGUUGUGGAUCGAUAGAAGAGGGAAGCACAGUUUCGAGUUGUACUAAAGCUUUUAAGUUAACGUUCCGGUUACGGUGGAGACGAUCAGUUUUUCAUAUCAAGUGAAACUCGCUCUGUUUUGGAAGUUGUCAAUGAAGAGGGUGCAGGGAUAGAGGAUAGGAAAACCCGUUGCGCAAGAUGCGGGGUAUUCGAAAAUAGCGAAAGAGACGCUCUCGUCUCGUUUUCGGGUUAUGUGAAUUGAUAGUGAACACAUGGUGGACACAUGGUGGACACAUGAUCCGAUCGUCGCUCUCCUCCUCCUCCUCCUCCUUCAUUUUCUUCUCCUCCUCCUUCUUCUGUUUCUUCUUCGAGACCAAAAGUUACAGCUACCAAAGUAACGUCGCUGUCAUAUCCCAUUGCCAUGGGCUAAACUUCCGGUUUGAGUUGAACCGACGCUCCACAAAGCCGUCCGAUACUUCCGUGUAGAUCUACCUGAGGCUGGACAACGAUUUUAUGCAUAAAUCUAUCGAGUUUUGCGGUGUGACAAGUUGAGACGAGAACGCGAAAAGACGCGAUCAAGGAAAAAGGGAUAUACGAGACCGGAAAUGGGAUCCACCCGGACAGAACCUGGCUAAUCUCGAUACACCGCGAGAAUCGACGUUUAACGGAUAUAAUAUCAAGCGAGAACUUUAAUCGUAUGCUGAAAUCCGUUGCGGUAAGGAAGAAGAAAAGGAGAGAGGGAGGGGAACGCUAAUGGACCGAUUCAUCGAUUAGGGUCGACGAUCAAGUGCGCGUGGAGCCCCCUUUCGAUAUAAAACCGAUACGUGCGCGUUCAGUGCAGUGUCAGUUUUUAAAUUAAAGCAAAAAGGAACGAAAAAACUUUCUCACUUCUUCUUUUUCACAGGGUUUUUAAACUCCAUUUCGCGUUUAUGAACUGUGUAGCAGAUCAUCUGUCCUGCAGGCCUUCACUCAUGUUCGUCGAUUAUACCGACGCUCACGUCGGCAUGGGAAUCAAAGCUAUGAAGUCCUUCGGCAGGCCCAGAGACAUUCCGGCGCAGGUCCCACCGCUGACGCCUGGUACCAACAAGAAGAUGACCGAGGCCUUAAAGGCUUCUUUUGCCUCGUGGGAAAAAGAACAGAUCCGUCUCAACAUAACUAAAGAUCCCAGGCAAUGGUCAGAAACGGCAGUAGCUCACUGGCUCCAGUGGGCAAUCAGGGAAUUCUCACUGGAGGGUGUAGCGAUGCAGCCGUGGCAGCACAUGACCGGAAAACUGAUAUGCGCGAUGGGCAAGGAGUCGUUUUUGGCAAGGGCGCCAGCGUUCAUGGGCGACAUACUGUGGGAGCACCUCGAGAUACUUCAGAGAGAAGUUGACACGGAGAAAGCUUCUCUAGAAAAUGUACCCGCCAAUCUAUACGAGAGCGUGUGCGUCCCGGAUCUGGGCGAAUUCAUGGGCUACCAGGGAACACCCAGCAUGGCCACACCGGAACACAAGAGCCCGGCAACCCCGGUUACUCCGCCUGGCACUCCUCAGAGUCAGCAGGGUCAAAACCAGAAUCAGGGACAGUCCCAACCACCACCGCCGCCACCGCCUUCCGUGAUAACGCUGUCCCGGCAGUAUCACAACGACGCCCAUUACUCCGGGUACGGGGACGAGGGCUCCGAAUACCACGAUCUUGCACAGAAUCACCAAACGCCUCAUCACUACGGCGUCGACCCCUCGUCCGAGUUUUAUAACCACGCCGGCAUCCACUUGGAGUCCAAGUACCAGCCGCCCCAAGCCUUCAAGAACUACGUCCGAGGUCGCUAUCAGGAAACGUAUAGCGAGGGAGGAUACGGCCAGUACGAUGGCACGUCCUUUCAAACUGUCCCUGGAAGCGGUACCGGGGGUGUUUCGGCGGCGGGUAGCGAUCAGUGGGGUGUCGGCCCUCUGAGCGAUCACCUAUCGCACCAUCCUGCCUUCCUCUCCGGCCUUCCACCCCGGGAUUCGUCCAACCCUCAUCACCCGUCCUCCAUUGCUAACAAUCCGGACCAAAAACCGCUCUUGCAGAGCCAGAUGUUGCCUGGUUACACGGGGGGCGGUCCAUGCUUUACAGGUUCAGGACCGAUUCAGCUAUGGCAAUUCCUGCUUGAAUUGUUGACCGACAAGGCAUGCCAGGGAUUUAUAUCGUGGACGGGUGACGGAUGGGAAUUUAAAUUGACAGAUCCUGACGAGGUUGCACGUCGCUGGGGUAUAAGAAAGAAUAAACCUAAGAUGAAUUACGAGAAAUUGAGUCGCGGUUUACGUUACUACUACGACAAAAAUAUAAUCCAUAAAACAGCCGGCAAGCGAUACGUAUAUCGUUUCGUAUGUGAUCUACAAACUCUUCUUGGAUACAGCCCUGAGGAUUUGCAUGCAAUGGUGGACCUGAAAGUUGAAGAGAAGGAAAAAGACUGAAUUUUUGUCAGACAAUGUACGCUGGGACGUAUUAACGCUGUUUAAAAAAAAAAACAAAAAAAAAAACUGAAACGAAAAAAAAAACAAAAAAUGAAACGAAUAACAUUCAUUGAUCCUUCGUGAAAGAAAGAACAAAUAAUAAAAUAAACAAACGAAAACAGCAACAAACCACAGCAAAAAGCAACAAAGAAAACACAGUAACUUGAGAGAGAACAAUGAUAAUUCGAUUAGGGAUGGGACGAUGCUGCAAAGUCGAAACGAAAUAGAAUAAAAUAAAAGAGGAUAACGUCUAUUCUUAAACGCAAGCCAUUUCCGAUAUGCAUCGUGUAAAAAAGAACCCUGAUACGUAUAAAAAAACUACGUGUGGAUCGUGAAACCCUCUCGUCUUGUUAAUAUUAAUAAUCGAUUAAUUGCCUCCCUCCUCUUAUCAAGAUUUAUACAUACCAGAUAUGAAUAUUAUACAUAAAUAUAUAUAUAAUAUAUUUACACAUAAAUUCAUAUAUCCAGACAUGUAUAUAUAUAUAUAUUUGAUAAAAAGCCGGAGGUUUCUUCAGGCGCUUGACGAUCUUACACAUUAGUUUAUAAUACCAGCGAACAAAUUUUCACCGUACCACCCAAACUAAAUUGUAACAUCUCUAUUCUCUGUAUGUUCAUAUCACUGUAUAUUAAUAUACCCACGAUGUGUAUCUCGACGUAGUGUCACCCAAAAUUAUCGAUAUACAUUUCGUUAUAAUAAUCGUAAAGAUAAGUGAAAUUGUUUGAGAGUAGAUGUUAAAAAAAAAUAUAUUUGCAUGUAUACACUUGACUCGGAUCGUAUCGGUAGCGGAAUCUAAACCGCUAAGACCUUCGCAAAAGCGACGUACUGCGGUGUAUAUAUAAUACCAGUAUGUAUGUGAUAAUAAUCGCACUUUGACGUGUUUUUUUUUUUUUUUUUUUUUUUCUCUUUGCGGCAGUUUAUAAUUAUCGUUGUAAACCAUUGUGUUUCGUCCCGUAACUUGACACGUCGGUUUUGAUAUACUAAAGCGACGUAGAUUCUUUGGAAUUAUAACAAAAUUUUACAUUGCUCUCAAUUAUUAUUCAUUAUACAGCGUAAACGCGAUUCUUUUUUUUUUCCGCUUUCGUUCCAACUCAAUCAAAUUUUCGACGUCUCUUUUCAGUUGCGUACAUGUAUGGUUCGCUUUAUUCGUACAAAAGUUUAAUCGCUCAGCGUGCGCAAAUUCAUAACACUCCUGCAAUGUAUAAAAUAUGUCAAGAAAAAAAAAAAAAAAAAAAAAAAAGAAAA